UUCUAGAUAUCCAGUAGAGCUGCGUCAGGGUGGCAGCAACUUCAGUGUAAAGUGAAAGUAAGUAGGCUAGAUAAAAAAACAACAAACGCACACGGAAGACGCAGACCUAUUUCUCUUUGAGUUUGUUAAAGAGCUGGCGUCAAAAGCAGUUCCUGCAGACUAUGGCGCUGUGGGCGCAGAUGACCCCGCAGUUACAGUACCUGCCAACCCAGACGCUGAAUGAACUCUAUCCAGACACAUUUCCAUUGGACAUCAGGCACUACCUGGCCAGUUGGAUAGAGGAACAGGCAUGGGAGAACUUUAAUGUAGACAAUAUGGAGCAGGAGCCUCAGGCUCGAAGACUGCUGGAACAGAUGAUACAUUUGAUACAUGAGGUGUCCAAACAAAACCCUAGCAUGGUGGAGAGGGUCAAGCUACAGCAAAUAAGCAAGAACUUGAGCGUGUUCCUUCUACAUCCCUUGCAGCUGGUGAGGACAGUACGGGACAUUCUGAGGAGAGAAAGACAAUUGUUACAGGCAGGUAUCCAUUCUGACUUCUCACCCUAUCAGCCUAUUCCUCAGGGUCCUUCAUCUUCCAACGGCACCCAGCAACUUCAACGGCAAGAUUCAAGAAUUGAUGUGGACAAUUUGGUGCUCAAAGUUUUAGAACUUCAGAACUGUCGCCAAGAGCUUCAUCGGAUUCAGGCGGACUUGAACUAUGAAAAACAGGAAGCUGAGUCUGGACCUGGACAGAAUGAAUUGGAUCUACAACAUUCAGAUCCAGUCGCUAAAAAAAAACGCAUACAGCAACUUGAGUACAAUUCUUCAAUUUGUGCAGAGAAACGUGUACAGCUCCUUCAGGAAGCUGUUUGUGCCCUGGAGCAGUGCCAGUCAAGUCUUAUACACAGAAUUAAGACCUGGAGGUGGGAGCAACACAGGGCAACCAUUGGCUUGCAUUUCGAUGACAACCUUGGACACCUUCAGACACGGUGUGAGCAGUUGCUUGGGGUGAACGGAAAUCUAAGACAGGAGGUCAUGUUGGUAAAGAGAGACCAUGGAGUGGCUGAACAGUUUCAGACGAUGGAGGAAAGUCUGUCACGUCUUCUCCAGACUCUCAUACAGAGUUCCUUGGUGGUCGAUAAGCAGCCUCCCCAGGUGAUUAAAACCCAAUCCAAGUUUUCCACCACUGUGAGGUAUUUACUGGGAGAGAAGAUCGCCCCUGGGAAACCCGUCCUGUUGAAGGCUCAGAUUAUUACUGAGGCACAAGCAAGAAACUUGGGUCAACAAGGAGUCAUACCCAGUGAAAAUGUAGGAGAACUUAUCAACAGCACAGCCAUACUAGAACAUAACACCGCCAGCAAGAGCACAUGUGCCACCUUCAGAAAUAUGUCGAUAAGGAAGAUCAAACGUGCUGACAGGAAGGGCUCAGAAUCUGUGACAGAGGAAAAGUUUGCCUUGUUGUUCACCACAGAAUUGACCAUCACAGGCUCUGAGUGCCCCUUUAGCAUGCAGAUCAUUUCACUUCCUGUGGUUGUAAUUGUACAUGGCAGUCAGGAAAUUAAUGCAAUGGCAACCGUCGUAUGGGACUGUGCCUUCUCCGAGCCUAACAGAGUACCGUUCGUCGUACCCGAGCGCGUGCCCUGGAAGCAGAUGUGCGAUGCUUUGAGCAGUAAAUUCAUGUCUGAAGUGCAGACGCAGCGUGGUUUGGACGUAUACAAUCUUCAUUUUCUCGCCCAGAAGAUCUUUGACCAACCAGACAUCUCGGGAGACUUUACCAACAUGCCUGUGUCCUGGGCUCAAUUCAAUAAGGAAGUUCUGCCUGGCCGAAACUUCACGUUCUGGCAGUGGUUUGAGGGAGUGAUGGAUCUUACAAAGAAAUGCCUGAAAGAAUAUUGGAGUGAAGGAUUGAUCUUUGGCUUUAUUGGAAAACAGCACCUCCAUGUCAUCCUGCAGAACAAACCCAGUGGCACAUUUCUUCUGCGCUUUAGUGACUCAGAGAUAGGUGGCAUCACCAUCGCCUACGUAGGCGACAGUGAAAAUGGAGGCAGGAAAAUACAGAAUAUUCAACCCUUUACCAAAAAGGAUCUGGACUCAGCUGGACUUGGUGACCGUAUACGAGAUAUUAACUGCAUCACUCAUGUGUAUCCUGACAUGCCAAAAAAUGAUGCAUUUAAGAAAUUCUUUACAGUGCCCUCCCCCCCUCAUCCAGAUGGAUACCUGCCAUUUAAACUAACAACAGUAGUCAACACAGACCAUAGCACCACAUCCUCCAACAUGCCAAAUCAGAACGAACUUUUAUCUGACCUCUAUGCACUUAGCCCUUCUAUGCCAAUGUCUUUCGGCAACCAGGUUGAUCCACAACAUUCCACUCUUUGUUCACCCCAGUAUAUACCAGACCAUCACAUGCCUUUUACAGGACCAGUAAUUCCACCAACCAUAAUAAGUCCUACAAGUGAGUUAAUGGACAUGGACGGGAUUUUGUCGAUGUGUCAAAGUGCCACCGAAGACCCACAUUCUGCUUAGGCGAUUCAUACCGCUCUUCUCUUCCUGUUGGAUUAAGGCUAACUAACACAUGGCUCGGUGCUCCUUCCACUGCUUGUCUUACUAAGGUCACAAAAGGAUAUGAUAAUCUGAUGUGUAUGUUAUAUACACUUGUCUUAUGUGUCUAAACGCACACAUGCAUGAAUCAAUCAAUCAGUGGUAAACAAUAAGACUGUGGGCAGAGGGAUAUCAUCACAUGGUUUGUAUAAAACUAAAUGUUGCGGACAUUCAUAGUGAAAAAUAAACUAAACUAGACCAGUGUGUUCAAAUUAGCUUGAAAACAAGUAGUGUAGGAUAUUUGGCACUUAAGUCAUUCCUGAAGUAUCAGGUUUGACAAGAAAGCAGCAUUAUAAUUGACAAGUGACCUAACAAAUAUGUUGUUUACUCUAUGCUAUCAGUAAAGCCAAUAAAUUGUUGUAUUAAAUCUUAGUUUAGGCCUCACAGUUAUAACUAAUACGUGUAAACUUUGCUCAUCUGACAGUCUUUUUGUAUUGAGUUGAUUUGCAUAUUUACCAUUGAAUAUUCAGUAUUCUUCUGAUGCUACAGUCAGGUUAGCCUAUAGAAAAGCUAAAAUCAAAAUCGAAUGUGACUAUAGUGAGUUUUACUUUACAUGUUCAUGUAUCUUGAUAUGUCAAUUUAGUGGCACAAUCAUCUAUUUCUGCAUUUUAGCACUUCUCUGAAAACCUCUUCUUUACAUGACUGAUAACCAUAAAUUGUGUAAAAUACAUUUUAUAUGCACAGAAUUAAGGUUGUGUGUCCAAAUGAUGAAAGGUAUGGGUCUCUGCAUACUCUACAAUGUUUCGGUGAAUCUUCCUUUAAUGCACACAAGUCGCCUCGCUAAAAAUUGAAAUGUAAUAUAGUUACUUUCCCACAAACUGUGAUUUUGCCUUCUAUAAAUACUGUUCGUUUCCCUUGUAAAAUAGUAAACUUACAACUUCUAAGUGCUUUGAAAAGGCAAAAAUAUCAAAUGGGCUGUUUUUCAAGGUUAACAGUAACCUAACUGUUUGUGUGUAUUUUUAAAAGUCAUAGGAGAAUAUCACAUUUUUUGUUUUAAUUGCAUAAGAUACGAAUACGAUGGCUACCCAUCAUCAUAGAUCUCGUAUCCCUUGUUUAGUCAUGACAUAAGAAAUACUGUUUCCGGGUCCAAGGCUCCACCUAUUUGAAUAGAGGAUAUUAUUUUAACAGCCAUUUAUGAGCGCUAUUUAUUCAUAUUACACCUUUACACAAACAUUUUAUAAACUCACAGUGUACACAGCUAGCAGUCUCACGUAAUCACAGCAAUAUAUUCGUAUAAAAUCUCGGAUUUUGUUAUGAAGAUAAAAAUUAGGAUUGGAUGUGUUUGAUAAUUUUGCAUGAUAAUACGACUGUAUAUAGCAAGAUUUUUAUGUUAUUUCCCUAUGGCAUUUGAGAUCGGUUGCCAGGCCCCAAAAGCAGUGCAUGACGUCAGACUAAACAAGGAGAUUGCAAUGCUCAGUCUCAAAGGAAUGUAAAACAUUCAUAAAUUUGUCCCUGAGGUUUGGAAAAGAAAUUGUCAAAGUUUAAAUAUUUGUGAUUUUUCUCUUAAUGUAAUGUGAGAAAAGUAAAUCUAGAAUCUUUUUUUUUAAAUAUAUAUAUUCUUUUUUUCCACGUUUUAGAUGAUUAUAAAUAAAGUACAAUGGCAUGA